UCAGUGAGAAACAACGCAUACAAAGUGGAGCAGAAACAAAGGAAACACGCACUCGUCUCUCUGAAUCGGUAACUUAUGCUAUUGCAGGGUCAACUUGGGACAAAAAUGGCAGAGUGUCUAAUCUUUAGUCAGUAUUGCAGGGAUGCCCAAGGAGAAAUAUGAUCCUCCAGAUCCAAGACGCAUGUAUACAAUAAUGUCGAGUGAAGAAGCAUCAAACGGGAAGAAGUCAUACUGGGCUGAGUUGGAAAUUACUGGUAAAGUGAAAAAUCUGAGUCCGUCAUUAUGGACCUUGACUCAUCUCACAGCACUGUAUGUUAGCGACAAUUCCCUUUCACGCAUCCCGUCUGACAUUGCCAAACUACAAAACCUGGUGUACCUGGACCUGUCGUCCAAUAAAAUAAGGAGUCUGCCGGCCGAGCUUGGCAACAUGGUGUCUCUCAGGGAACUGCUUUUGAAUAACAACCAGUUGCGGGUUCUACCUUUUGAACUUGGAAAGCUGUUUCAGCUACACACACUGGGCUUGAAAGGGAACCCACUUGCACAAGAAAUCCUAAACCUCUACCAGGAACCUGAUGGAACACGCCGGCUUUUGAACUACCUGCUGGACAAUCUUGCAGGCACUAAACGUGUGUCCACUGAGCCACCACCUCCACGCUCCUGGAUACCUCUGCAGGACCCAGAUAGGACAAGACCAACAGCCCUGUUCUCAGUCAUGUGCUACAAUGUGCUCUGUGACAAGUACGCCACCCGCCAGCUCUACGGCUACUGCCCACCUUGGGCCCUCAGCUGGGACUACAGGAAGAAGUCCAUCAUGCAGGAGAUCAUGAAUUGCAGUGCAGACAUCAUCAGCUUGCAGGAAGUUGAAACUGAGCAGUACUACAACUACUUCUUGGUGGAGCUGAAAGAGCAGGGCUACGAGGGCUUCUUCAGUCCAAAGUCACGAGCCAGGACCAUGUCCGAGUCCGACCGCAAGCAUGUGGACGGCUGUGCGAUAUUCUACAAAACCGACAAGUUCAGUUUGGUCCAGAAACACACGGUGGAGUUCAACCAGCUGGCCAUGGCCAACUCGGAGGGCUCCGAGGUCAUGAUCAACCGAGUGAUGACCAAGGAUAACAUCGGUGUGGCAGUUCUUUUGGAUGUUCGCAAAGAAGUGAUGGAACAGUCUGCCGGCAAGUCUCUGCAUGGCAUAGAGAAACAGCUGCUCCUGGUGGCCAACGCCCACAUGCAUUGGGAUCCAGAGUACUCGGACGUGAAGCUGGUGCAGACCAUGAUGUUCCUGUCCGAGGUGAAGAACAUCGUGGACAAGGCCACGCGCAGCCUCAAGCUCUCCUCCGUCUCCGGGGAAAUCAACCCCAUCCCCCUCGUCCUGUGUGCUGACCUGAACUCUCUGCCCGACUCUGGUGUGGUGGAGUACCUGAGUACAGGCGGAGUGGACAGCACACACAAGGACUUCAAGGAGCUGCGCUACAUUGACUGCUUGACAAACUUCAACUGUAAUGGCAAGAACGGCACGUCCAACGGCAGGAUCACCCAUGGCUUCAAGUUGAAGAGUGCCUAUGAGAACGGUCUGAUGCCUUACACCAACUACACGUUUGACUUCAAGGGCAUCAUUGACUACAUCUUCUUCUCUCAGCCUCUGCUCAAUGUCUUGGGUGUGUUGGGGGCCCUUGAUGGCCAGUGGCUCUCUGAGAACAAUAUCAGCGGCUGUCCUCACCCCCACGUCCCCUCCGAUCAUUUCUCGCUGUUUGCACAACUGGAGCUGAUUCUCCCCUACCCACCCUCAGUCAAUGGAAUCCACCUGCCUGGACGCAGGUAGUUCUCCGAGCCACCAGGGGGAGCCACACCACACCGGGGGCCUCUUCCUUUGCCGCUGGGCCAGGGGUUGCAGACAUCUGAAUCUUGCAAGAGCGGUGUGGUAUGGCUAACUCGUCAAUUUCCCAAUGGAUUUUAACUGAAAUGGACGCUAAGGUCAAUCUUUUCUGUAUCACCUUUUUUCUGGGGCACAAUUUUAAGAGAAAAAAAUGUUCUAUACUUUUCACACUGUAUGUAAAUGUAGGGGUCCUGAGUAUUCCGUGUAAGUUUACUUACAGAAAUCGAAGCUUUUUAAGAAAAAAAACGAAAAAACAUAAGGCAAUACCUUAAGUCACAUGCAGGGCUUUUCAUAACUACAGUCACAACCUACCUGAUAACAAUGAGGUAUUCUGGAACAUGCCAUCCCAAGGCCAGUUAAGACCAAGCAGCUACUUUAAAUGGGGGGACCAUAAGCCAGCCGUGUGACUGAAAUAAACAAUAACCUUUACCGUCUUUUAUCACAUCCAGUCAACCCUCCUCCCCCUCACUCUCUCUCUCUCUUUCUCACACACACAGACACACACACAAACACACACACGCACUCAGACACACACACUAAUCCGUUUUGAAGAUCAUCUGUAGUGUACGAGGCCCAGAGGCGCUGGUCCUGUUCAGUUUUUACGUACACACUGGUGCUGAGCCCAACCUUUCGGGUGCUACAGGCCUUAUGCGAGCUGCCGCUCACGAUUUUAAUUGGAGUAGUGGCCCAGAAUUUAGUAAUCGGGAUCAUAAAAGUCACCGUUUUUGCUGUUCACUUGAGUUUGCUUCUAUGAUCUGCUUUUGUCUCUUUAAGAAAAAAAAAAACAACAAACGCUUUUUUGUCUGAUUUUUAAUCCUCCUUUUUCUGUCUUAUUGAAGAACCCUAUCAUGCUAAAAUCAUGCCCUUGGUUGAUGUCUUUUAUGCUUGUCCUUAGCUGUUUUUUAUGAUUCUCUGGAUGUACUGCCACUGACCUGUCCCUCACCCCUGCCACAGCCCACUUCCCCCCCGACUCAGGCGAAUCUCUUCUUUUUAAGAAAAUGUGUUAUUUUGGUCUGUUAUAUGUAACUACUGCUAAAUCUCAGCUGUACCCUCCCUUUCCAUAUAGUGCCAUCCUAUGCAUUCUACCAUAAGGCCAAGUGUAAAGCUCCCAGUCCAUCUGCUACUGUAAAAAAAAAAUCUUUUCUGAGGCUGAGAGGAACUAAAAUGGACUUUUUCGUUGGUUGUUGUCCAUGUGUUUUUGACUACCGUUUGCUUUGGAAGCUAUUAGAUUUUGCAUCACCAUAGUGGCACUGUAGUAAAUAGCCACCCAAAAAUUCCGAUUCGCAGCAAUUGUUCACAUGCACAUGCCUCUCUCUCUCUUUCUCUCUUUAUCGUUCUCUCUCUCUUUAUCUCUCUCUCUCUCUCUCUCUCUCUCUCCCCCCCCCUUUUCUUCUCCCCUCCCUCUCAAAAUCUCCCUGUCUGUCUCUCGAUCUUGGUCAGGUUAUUUUAAAAGUAAAUGGAUUGACAAGCACUUAAUGCAGAUCACUGGUGCAGCUACUCAUUGUUUUAUUUUUGAAGUUGUGUGGGUCUUUUUGCCACAAAGCAACAAAACAAAAGCAAACUGAAUGAUUUUUUUUCACCGAGUACUUUAAAAAAAAAUGGUGAAAGGGGGGGUACUCCUGUCCCCCUCCGGUGUCUUUGUUUUUUUCUGUCCCCCCCCUCCCCCCUCCCUUUUCUGUUUUAGCUUCAUUUCAAUACAACUUGUCUGGUUAUUAUAUUGACUCUGGUGGUGUUGUGGUAGCAGAAAGAGAUUUUUGUAAAGUGUGAAUAAAUUAUGUAUCUUGUUUCCUUUCUUUGACAUGAAUUGUGUUGAUGUGUGCAUCAUGAUUGAUAUACUAGUCAAAGUGUUUUUUCUUUUCAUUAUGCUCUUUCUUUUUUUUGUUACACUCAAACCAAAUUUUUGUAAGUUGUUGGCACACUGAAUAUUAGACUUAUGUGGACGCUAACUUGACUCAACAUAUUUAAAGGAAAAACUUCACUGAGAGCUUAGAGGAAAGUCACCAAGAAAUUCUCAUUGUCGCCAAAAGAAAUUUUCCAACAUUUUUGACGUUAAGCUUUAUGUGAUGAGAACCUAUUGCAUCAGCACCAAGUUUGUGGUAGUUUUGUGAUGUUUCGAAUGCACCCACGUCAUGCUAAAAGAAAAAAAAAAAAAGCCUAGGACCGUAAAGUCAAAGUAGAAAGAACAUCUGUUUAUUAACCCAUACGCUUUAUUUGCCCUGUCUGAUGGUAUAACAUAGAGGGCACCUUGGUAGUGGUCGUGUCCCGCUGUUCUCUCUGCUUUGCAGAGGGCACUCUGGGUCACUGGCAGGAAGAGCUAUAGGGGCCCUGAGCCGCAGACACGCUUGACCUCUUGUAACACACUAGCUCCUAUGCAGUAUUCUUGCUUCUCAGUAUAAUCAAUCAUCCAGUCCUUCCCUUACCAAGCUUAAAGGUGUAAUCAAGUGCAGCAAACGUGGUAAUUUUUAAAAUCAUUUGGAGUCAGGCUAUCAUGUCAACAUCCCAGAAAAACCUUGCAAUAAUAGUCAUCAUUUUUAACCAUUUCCCAAGAUGUAACAGAUUAAUUUCUGUCUGGAUCAGGCUCAAACGCCUAGCUUUGCCACUGAUCUUUUUCUUCUUAAUACGCCAUUUGACUGACGUUUUUUUUUUCUCUGUUAGUAGAGGUAGUCGUGGAAUGGUAUAGAUGGCCAGCUGAAAGUCCGUAACUCCAUAAGUAAUGUCACUAUAUAAUGCACUGGACCAAGCUCUUGUUUACCAUUUGUGGAAUACCAGCAAAACACUUGCACAAUGUUUUGAAAGAAUGUUACAUAAAUAUAUAUAAAAAAAGAAUAUAGAUAUAAAAAAAAUGGCAGCUGUUUUUAAAUUGAAUAUUAGGAAUUGUAAAGAGACCUAAUGGUGAACAAGGCAUUUUCAAUCUGUUACCCUCCAGUUUUCUUGGUAGUGAUGUGUUUAUAACAGGGUCAGCUUGUUUCCUCUACUCCUCUGUAUUUUUUUCCUACUCUUGGUCAAAUAAAUUCUAUAUGUUUCA